ACGAGAGCGAUGUGAGGCCAAUGUGCAUUUGGAUGAAGCACAAUCGGCAGCUGAGGGAGGAAGAAGCGGACUACUGGAAGAAGGUGAAGGAUCGCAUGGAUAAAGUGGGACCACUUCUUCGCUACAUCUUUGAUGACAGCGAAUACAAAUCUCGGCUUGUCUCGUGCGAAAGUAGAGUUAAAUCAAUGAACCUUUUUGCUACCCACUAUUACUCUAUUUUGGGGACUAAUGAAGUGUGCGAUGAUAGCCACAUCUCUCACAAAGUUGUAAAGGUCGUACGAGUACGAGGAGGAAGCAAAUUGGAAUUGCCUUACAAUGCACUGAUGUCUCCUUAUCUCGGAAAUUUGGUGACAUGCAAGUUGGCGGAGUUAAUGGCGCCGAAUAAUUUUAUUUUACUCGUAUUGGCCAUCAGGGACGAUCUCUUAUCAAAACCCCUUGAAAAGCAUUCCGUGUUUACUUUUUUUAGCGGGGCCUUUGUAAGUGCAAUAAUACCGAAACUCAGGGAGCUGAAACUGCAAGAAGAUGCUCCGCCACACCGCUGUGCGCUGGAAUCACGUCCACAUGAGCGCCCUCUCAAGCCCUGUCUUUUACCGUUACUGGAAAAAUUUAAAAAGAAGAUUAAUAUAGGGUCUCGGGUGCUGUACAAACCGGUGGCUCAAAACUUUCCGUUGGUGGACGCCUUUUUCUUCAUAGAGUCACCGCAGAAGACGCUGGUUGGGCUGCGGAUGGCUACGGCGGGUGGGCACCACACGACAACCAGCACUGUGCGGCAGUUCACUGAGUGCCUGGCGGCAUAUUUUAAUGGUUGGGAGGAGUUAUCCCGAGAAAUGUCGUGGGAGAUGAUUUACGUGCAGCACGAAAACAGCAAAAAGAUAACGAAAUGGCAGAGAUGUGGUCCCGUCAAUACCGAAAAUUUGAGCGACGAUGAAAAAGAGAUUGUGGCGUUCUGGAACGGAAAGGUACAUUAA